CUUCCUCCCACUCACGCUGGUGUAACCUGACACUCGGAGGUAUUCAUCCCGCCUCCUAGGACCAGCCCAUCCCCAAUUCCCCAACUUCCAGGAAAAGGAAACUUAAGUGAAAUCGAAACUACUGGGGAAAGGGAGGACCCCUGAGAUUGUCCAGGCACCUGGAUCACAGCUGCCUCAUGUCCACCAUGAACCACACAUCCCAACCGUUCUUCAAUGGUGCCCACAGCGGGAUCCCCCCGAACUAUGAGAUGCUCAAGGAGGAGCACGAGGUGGCCAUGCUGGGGGCUCCCCAGAGCCAGGCCCCCGUGACGACCACGGUGAUCAACAUCCGCAGCGAGACCUCGGUGCCCGACCACAUCGUCUGGUCCCUGUUCAACACGAUCUUCAUGAACUGGUGCUGCCUGGGCUUCGUGGCAUUCGCCUACUCCGUGAAGUCUAGGGACCGGAAGAUGGUGGGCGAUGUCAUUGGGGCCCAGAGCUAUGCCUCCACCGCCAAGUGCCUGAACAUCUGCGCCCUGGUCCUGGGCAUCCUUCUCAUCACCGUCUUCAUCGUUGUUUUCGCCACUGGUUCCGUGAUGAUUUUUCAAGCGGUUUCCCAGCUCAUGCAGAAUUAUGGAGGCAACUAGUAGCUGCCGGCAGCCCGAGGCAGUCACCCCUUUUCACUGCAGUUUACACACGCAUCUGUCCACAGCUGAAUGAAAUAAAGCAUUUGUAUGUGA